GUUUUUUUUUUCUUCCCUUCCAUGUCCAACAUCUGGAUCGCGGCUGGUGAUGGGGACCUGGCCCGUGUAGAGGAGCUGGUCCUGGCUGGAACUUUGCCUAAUAUACCAGACGAGUUUACGUAUACUCCGAUGCAUGCAGCAGCGUCUUAUGGUCACAUACAUGUGCUUGAGUUUUUGUUGGCCCACGGUGGGGAUGUGAAUAUCACCGAUGAUGAUGGCGAGACGCCUCUCUACGUAGUAGAAGACGUUGUUACCGCUCGCUGGCUCAUCGAUCAUGGCGCCGUCAUUGAUAGAACCAAUAACGAGGGUGUGUCGGUAGCCUAUCGAGUCACUCGCCGAAGAGUUUUCCCAAGUAGCCGAGUUUCUACAGGCAGAGAUUGCUAUACGAAAAGUGGAUUAAAGACCUGGAAUGAAGUGAUGCCAGGGUCCCUGAUCGUCGAUCGCGAGUCGAUUGCUCGAAUGACAUUGACUCGGUUUCCUCAGCUCGCACGUACCAGGAUUUUACCCAAACUGAAACUGGUAUUUGCAGCUUUUUCGUCUAGUUUCGCCCGAUCGUAUACCUUCAAUAAAACAUAGUUUGACAUUGGAAUGAAUGAUUAUUUCGCCACAAUUC